UUUAAUGUAAUGGCUCUAUAGGCCAGUGGGUGAGGUUCAGAGACAUUGACGUUCGUUCCAUAACCAUUGCAUAAUGUAAGCCAUCUCAGUUGCAUAAACCUCUAAAGUGUGUAGAGGAUUUGUCAGUCCAUCAGUGUCUCUUGAUUUUAAAGUCUCUUUGGCUAUAACUGCAUGCAAGCUUUAGUGAGACUAUGUAGGGUACAUACGUACGUAUUUCCUAGCGUUGUGUUUGAUUUGCAAGUCCACACUCCAGUACACACCAGCAAUAUCAGACAGCGUAUUAAAGGAAGGCAAAUUUACUUGAAAUGGAUUCGUCCAUUUGCCGACUGUCCAGUUCCUCUCUUCAGCUGUACAUGUAGAAAACACCAUGUGAUGAAAGAUGGGGGAGCUCUGGACAGCUGUUUCGGGCUUGUUGGCCCUUAUCAGCAGAACAUACCCCAACUUCUCUCUCUGGCAUCACCAGUUUAUAAAGGCUGCCAUGAGCGCAGCACUUGUGGUUCUGAACUAAUGAGAUUCAUCCCCACAAGGCACUGCUCAGGCUACCUGUACAACUAUGUACUACAUAAAGUUUAGUGUUGUGUUUAGUACACAACUUUUGAUGCACGUGUGACUGUCUCUCAGGUACCACCAGCGAGUGCUGUACAUUGACAUAGACAUUCACCAUGGCGACGGAGUGGAGGAGGCAUUCUACACCACCGACAGGGUCAUGACUGUCUCCUUCCACAAGUACGGAGAAUACUUCCCCGGCACUGGGGACCUCAAGGACGUGGGGGCGGAGAAAGGCAAGUACUAUGCAGUCAACUUCCCACUGAGAGAUGGCGUUGACGACGAGAGCUACGAGAUGAUCUUCAAACCUGUCAUGGCCAAGGUGAUGGAGGUGUACCGACCCAGUGCAGUGGUGUUGCAGUGUGGAGCUGACUCACUGGCUGGAGACCGCCUCGGAUGUUUCAACCUCUCUCUUAAAGGUCAUGCUGAGUGUGUGGACUUCAUCCGUCGCUACAACCUCCCUCUCCUGCUCCUCGGAGGAGGUGGCUACACCAUCAGGAACGUGGCCCGCUGCUGGACCUACUUCCCCUCUCCCCUCCUGCACCCAGAACUUCCCUACAACGACUACUUCGAGUACUAUGGACCGGACUUCAAACUCCACAUCAGUCCCACCAACAUGACCAAUCAGAACACACCUGAAUACCUCAACAAGAUCAAAGCUCGACUGUUUGAGAACCUGAGACUCAUUCCUCAUGCUCCCAGUGUCCCCAUGCAAUCCAUCCCAGAGGACAUGAUCCAGGACCCAGAACCAACUGAGGAUGAUCCAGACGAGAGGAUUCCACAGCAUGUCCAGGACAAGAUGAUAGCCAGAGAUGAGGAUCUCUCUGACAGCGAAGACGAGGGAGACGGCCGACGCAACGAGAGUGUGGAGGGAGCAUCCAGAGUCCCGUACCCCCGGAGCCAUCUCCCAUCACCCCCAGUCCUCUGGUCACGCCACACAGCCAGGAGAGCAAGGCUGAGACUGCCCAGGAGAAGACUGGUGAGACUCAGU